AAACAAAGUUGUUAGAAUAGUAAUAAUUUGUAUAGCAAAUGAAGAAAGCAAGGAUAUCUACAUCCUUCUAUUUGCAGCAACUUAAUUAUUAGUCUUCCUAAACAAAGUUUUCUUUCUUCAUGAAAAUUUUUACAAUUUUAGAUUGGAUAAAAAAAAAAACAAAAAAAAUCAGAAACAGUGGUAAGGUGGAGGUGGGUCUUCCCUUCUCUUUCUCUCUUCUGCAGUUUUGGUCCUUGCUUAUUAUUAAGCUCAUCAAGCUGCUAUAAGAAAAAAAAAAUGACAACUACUGCAAAGGAAGACAAAAGCUGGAGUGUCAAGAAGAAAAUGGAAGGAGAUGAUAGCUUGAGGACUUUAGAAUGUCUAAGAGGAAGAUUGCUUGCAGAGAGACAAGCUUCAAGGGCUGCUAAAGAGGAAGCACAACUCAUGGGUAAUAAGUUAAUAGAGCUGGAGAAUAAACUCAGAGAAGAGACGAAGCUGAGGGAAAAAGCUGAAAAUAAGCUUAAAUUUUUGAAGAAGAAGCUCGAGUCUUUGAAAAGUUCUACCGCAUUAGAGGGAUUAGAUCAGUCAGGUUCAUAUGAGAAUUGUGGGUCUUCUUGCACAUCAUCUGCUAGCACUUCGGGCCCCAAAGGCUUUGAAGAUAUGAAGGAGAAUUCAAGCAUUCGAGAUACUUCAGAUUCCAACUCUGAUCCUCAUCUCAAAGAUUCUCCCCUUCACAAAUCUAGCUACCACUGCCCUCUAAAUUCUCAGAGCUAUCCAAAGUUAGAAGCUGGUAUGGAGAGAAAUGGAAGAACAAGGGAGAGUGAUAAUGAAGAUUAUGUGGAUAACUCAUUGGCAUUAGUUCCUGUGAGUGCGAGUACUAUGGCAGAACCCACCAAGAGCAGUGAGUUGAAGAUAAUGAACAGAAGCAUUAGUGAAGUUCUUGAUGCUUUAAGGCAUGCCAGAGAAAGCAUACAAAGCUCAAUCGAGAGAAGAAAAAUGAUUAGAGUUGGGCCAUUUUGAAUGAUGCAUUCGGGUUAAGCAGUAAUGGUGUUAGUUAUAGAUAACACACAUAGCAGAAAGGCUCACUGACGUAUUGUUUUUGCUAUAAAAGCAAAUGGCCAAACAAAGAUUAGGGGCAUGGGUUAUAAAGCUAUGUGAUUGUGAUGAUAAAGAUUAAUGAGCAUGUGAAGUGGGGAAUUCUGAAUUCUUGGAAGCUUUGCUGUCUAGAAUAGAUCAUGAUGUUUUAACCUGGGUCCCAACUUUGUUGUUUACUCUUUGAUUGAAACUUUGAUUAAUCAGUUUAGAUUGAUGAU